UCUCGUAGUAAUUCUCUUGACGCUUGCCAGGUUGCUGCUUCCUAGCUUGCAAGGAGAAAGCGAGUAGCUGCUGGUUGCCGAGCGAUGUGAGGCGGGGAGGCUCCCAGCCUGCCUGCCUGCCUCUCUUUCUCCUCCUUCCCAAUCCGUUUUCCCCCGUCCCCUCCUCUACUGGAGCCGCCCGCCCGCCCCGCCGCUCUCCUCUCCCUUCCCUUCCCUUCCUUCCCUCCCUCCCCGCCAUGCCGGACCAGAUCUCCGUGUCGGAAUUCGUGUCCGAGACCAAUGAGGAUUACAAGUCGCCCACCGCCUCCAACUUCACCACCCGGAUGGUGCAGUGCCGGAACACCGUGGCGGCCAUCGAGGAGGCACUGGAUGUUGACCGAACUGUUCUUUAUAAGAUGAAGAAAUCUGUAAAAGCCAUAAAUAUUUCUGGUUUGGCUCAUGUGGAAAAUGAAGAACAGUACACUCAAGCAUUGGAGAAAUUUGGAGGAAACUGCGUCUGUAGGGAUGAUCCAGAUUUAGGAACUGCAUUUUUAAAAUUUGCUGUAUUUACAAAGGAGUUGACGGCACUCUUCAAAAACUUGAUCCAGAACAUGAACAAUAUAAUCACUUUCCCUCUGGACAGUUUGCUGAAGGGAGAUCUAAAAGGAGUGAAAGGGGAUCUGAAGAAACCUUUUGAUAAAGCGUGGAAAGACUAUGAAACGAAAGUGACAAAAAUAGAAAAAGAGAAAAAAGAACAUGCUAAAUUGCAUGGAAUGAUCCGCACAGAAAUAAGUGGGGCAGAAAUAGCAGAAGAGAUGGAAAAAGAGCGAAGGUUCUUCCAGUUACAAAUGUGUGAGUACCUGUUGAAAGUCAAUGAAAUCAAGAUUAAAAAAGGAGUUGACUUGCUUCAAAACCUGAUCAAGUACUUCCAUGCACAGUGCAACUUCUUUCAGGAUGGUCUGAAAGCAGUUGAAAGCCUCAAGCCCUCAAUAGAAAAGCUCUCCACAGACCUCCAUACAAUAAAACAAGUGCAGGAUGAAGAAAGAAAGCAACUGAUUCAACUGAGGGAUAUUUUAAAAUCUGCACUUCAGGUUGAUCAGAAAGAGGAUUCUCAGCUCCGUCAGAGUACAACGUACAGUUUACAUCAGCCUCAGGGAAAUAAGGAGCAUGGCACUGAAAGAGAUGGCAGCCUCUACAAGAAGAGUGAUGGAAUCAGAAAAGUGUGGCAGAAGAGGAAGUGCACAGUUAAAAAUGGUUUCCUUACAAUUUCCCAUGGUACAGCAAACCGACCUCCUGCAAAGCUCAAUCUGUUAACUUGCCAAGUGAAAACAAACCCAGAAGAGAAAAAAUGUUUUGACCUCAUAUCACAUGACAGAACGUAUCAUUUCCAAGCCGAGGAUGAACAGGACUGUCAAAUCUGGAUAUCGGUGCUACAGAACAGUAAAGAAGAAGCUUUAAAUAAUGCAUUCAAAGGUGAUGACAGCACAGGAGAAAACAACAUUGUCCAAGAACUGACAAAAGAAAUAAUCUCUGAUGUACAGAGGAUGCCUGGAAAUGACAUGUGCUGUGAUUGUGGAGCUCAAGAUCCUACAUGGCUCUCAACAAAUCUGGGCAUUUUAACUUGCAUUGAGUGUUCAGGAAUCCAUCGAGAACUUGGUGUCCACUAUUCCAGAAUGCAGUCACUCACAUUAGAUGUGCUGGGAACAUCUGAAUUGCUGCUUGCUAAGAAUAUUGGGAAUGCGGGAUUCAAUGAGAUUAUGGAAUUUUGCCUGCCUGGAGAUGAACUAGUCAAACCCAAUCCAAGCAGUGAUAUGAAUGCAAGAAAAGAUUAUAUUAAUGCCAAAUAUAUUGAAAGAAAAUAUGCAAGGAAAAAAUAUUCUGACAAUGUAGCCAAACUACAAAGCCUCUGUGAAGCAGUUAAAACAAGAGACAUUUUUGGAUUGGUUCAAGUGUAUGCUGAUGGUGUGGAUCUAACAGAGAAAAUUCCACUAGCAAAUGGGCAUGAACAAGAUGAAACUGCCCUUCAUCUUGCUGUAAGAUCAGUUGAUCGAACCUCACUUCACAUAGUUGACUUCUUAGUACAGAACAGUGGCAACCUUGACAAGCAGACAUGUAAAGGUAGUACAGCUCUACAUUACUGCUGUUUGACAGAUAACGUUGAGUGCCUCAAACUGCUGCUGAGAGGGAAGGCUUCCAUUGAAAUAGCUAAUGAAGCUGGGGAGACACCACUUGAUAUAGCUAAACGCUUGAAACAUACACACUGUGAAGAGCUGCUCACGCAAGCCCUGACUGGAAGGCUUAAUUCUCAUGUUCACGUUGAAUAUGAAUGGCGAUUACUUCAUGAAGAUCUGGAUGAAAGUGAUGAUGAUGUGGAUGAAAAGUUGCAGCAACCAAGCCCCAAUAGAAGAGAGGACAGACCUGUAAGUUUCUAUCAGCUAGGAUCAAGCCAACUUCAGCCUAACGUGGCAUCUUUGGCAAGAGAUGCUGCCAAUAUAGCCAAGGACAAACAGAGAGGCUUUAUGCCAAGCUUAUUACAGAACGAGACCUAUGGGGCCAUACUCAGUAGCAGCCCACCUCCCACCCAGCCUGCCGCACCUGUUACAAGUGCACCUCCGUUGCCUCCCAGGAAUAUUGGAAAAGUUCAGUCUUCAUUUCUUGGCAGUGCUGUUCAGACCACGCCUUCACCGAACACACUGUGGAAGACAAAUUCUUUAGGAAUGGAAAGCAUAAGCAGGCAAAGGUCCUCAUCAGAUCCACCAACUGUCCACCCCCCUGUUCCACCAUUGCGUGGAACGUCUACAAAUCUACUCUCUUCAGCACCACCUCCAGUGGCAAAGACAGCCAGUGUUCUUGAAGCUUUGAACCAGCAGUCAAAACAGCCAGCUGUGCCACAGGCCAAACCUACACCACCACCACUUCCUCCACAGCCCCCAAGUAGAAUUUCUCAGAAAAAGCCUGCUUCUGGGACUGACAAGUCAUCCAGCUUAACUAACAAGAAUAAAGGAUCUGGAUCUCUGCAGCAAUCUUGUGCAGGAGAGUCUUCAUCUGAUAUUGCAGGAUCACAAAUUGCCCCUUCUACAAACAUGUCAGUACCAAUCCAACCUCCAGCUCCAAUGCCAAGAAAGUCCCAAAUAUCAAAAACAAAGCCCAAGAGAGUAAAAGCCAUUUACAACUGUGUAGCAGAUAAUCCAGAUGAGCUAACGUUCUCAGAGGGCGAUGUCAUCAUAGUUGAUGGGGAGGAAGAUCAGGAGUGGUGGAUCGGGCAUAUUGAUGGAGAUCCUAACCAAAAAGGAGCUUUUCCAGUAUCAUUUGUGCACUUUAUUGUUGACUAAACUGCUCCUUGCAGGUGGAGAGAUGUUCCAUUUCUAGAUUUCACUACAGCUCCCUGCCUGUAAUUCGAUGCUUUACCAGGAUACUUCAUGAACAUUACGCCAUAGUUGACUCUUUAUUACUGCAGUCCUUUCAGCUUGUCCAUGGGAGGGGGGUUGCUUUAUAAUAACAGAUCCUCUCAAAUAUUUUCAUGGUAAAUUGGAACACACACACCCAAAACUAAAAUCCAAGAUCCAUGAAAAUGUAGUUUCAGGUGUGUUGACAUCAAAUCCCCCUUUUAAGCUUUCUUAUUAUCCUAAACACCAUCGUUUUUCACUUCAGCAAGCAAUAACAUUUCUGACAUACAGGGCUCAAGAGUUUUGAAAGUGUGCAGGCUAGCUGAAUUUAGAGAUUAAUGGCUUGACUACACCAAUAUAUUACAUUUCAGUGCCAGCUGUAGUGCCCGUAAUGCAUAUCUAACCUUUGUUUGCACUCAGCGUCUUGAGACUUAUUUCGGGACAGUGUAGCUGCACUGAAAACCCAAUUUUAAGAUUCACACUUUCUGCUGCUUUUACUUAGUACAGUACAAAAUGCGAGGCUGUACAAUCUAACCAUCCGAUUCCUUAUCACCCAUGUCUGCAUCCAUUAUUUAAGAUAAGUUUUGCUGGGGGAAGCACUUGAUUACUUUGUGAAUGUUCACAGUUGUCCCAGAAGAGCCCUAAUAAAUGUCCCUAAAGGAAAAUAGCACACACACACCAUUUUUUAUUAAAAAGAAAAAAAGAGAUGCUUCUGAAGUCAUAGGUCUCAUUGCUACUUAUCCACAAUAUUCAUUUGAUAUAUUUUUUUAAUGCCUGGGUGGAAAGGACUGAGAGUGACAGAAAUCAAACUAUCUGUCCCAAUGAAAGCUCAGGUGGACGUGAAUAACCUAACCUCACAGAACGCGGACUGGUAAUCUCUACAAAGAAGAGAGAUGGGACACAAAUAUUAUCUACAUAGGACUGGGCUUUUGCAGGACAAUCCUUCUACUGAAGCCUAACUGAUCACAAUGCCUUGGAAUAGACUAGGCAUUGUGUUACGUGUGUUAGAUAUGAGCUUUCAGAUCACCCAAAGUCAAACAGAAAUGCUUAGUCUUGCAUAAUUGAGUCCAGGGGACCAAAACCUGUUGCGUAAGCAACAAUUAAGGAGUUUAAACUUUAAUAAACUUAGCAAAUGUUUCUGAACGAUUAAACUAUCUGUAUUUUCCUGUUACUGUACUGAGCACUAACAGAGAUCAUGCACCCAAUUUAGCUGCUACUAGGAUCAAAUAUCAUGUCCCCUUGUAAUACAAAGGAAAAGAUGGAAAAUGUUCAUCCCUUUAUGGGGACAGGACAGAAAGUCAUCCUUGCACGUUUCUGCCUGCCUCUCCCACAUAUACAGUAAGGAAGAAGGCUUAAGAUGAAGCAGUCCAGUUGUACAACUCUGCUAUAGAAGGUGCUGUAAUCCUUGCAGGAAGAUGUUUCUCCAGACUCGGACUGGCCAGUAUAAAGUCCUUGAGCCAGCUAGAGAUGGUGGAUUUAGUAACUUUCUUACCAGAAAUUUGUCAUGAAGAACACAAUUAAGAGUUUGGUUUUGUAACUGCAACCAACCCAUCUAGGUAGAAACAGAGCCUGUCCUAUCCAGCUUAUGGCAUUUUUUCCUAACUGGUGAACUGGCUUUGGGCAAAAGGAUAACAAUGUUCAAUCCUGUGAUCUGUGGGCAUAAAUUCUAGUAAGGAAUAUUACUUUUCCAGCUGUUUGAAUGUUGACAAAAUACAAUAUCCUAGCAACAGUUCUACAAGAAAUGAAUAAUUGCAUAUUUAUUUAUGAAAAGGUUUGUCUAGAAAGGCAACUCGUUCCACUAAACAAGUAUUUUAAUAAUUUGAUGUAUUUACUUUAAAUCCGGAAUUGGUUUACUUCAUAUUUUGCAGAUAUGAGGUCAUACUUUUCUUUACUAAAUAUAUAUUUAACAUAUAUUUUAUUUCAUUUAGUUAUCUUUGGCAAAACAAAAAGCCCAUUACAUGCUAUUGGUAAAUAAAUUUAGAUGUGAAUUACUGUUCAUGAAAUUUUACUUGCAGUCCUUUACUUUGAAAACACAAAUUAUAGUGUCUGGUCUUUUUCUUCUUAAGAAAGCACAUUGUGGUAUGUUCACACACAGAUUGUUAUGAUGGGACAGUGUACUAGGGUACUGAUUGAAGUUCUCCCUGUUUUAAGGUAUACACUGCUGUCCUGCAAUCAAAUCAAUAUUUGUUUGCAAACUCAUACUGUGUACUUAAAUACAUUCUAAAAUAUGGUAGUUGACACUGUUAAUAAUUGUGAAUAGAUUUCAUAAUUCCAAAAGGAUAACAGAUUACAAAACAUAGCAAUGUCCUUUUAAUGUUUGUAUAUUGUGAUAUUGUUACAGUUUUUAUUUUGCAUAUGCUACCAAAAACGUGCACUGGUAGCAUAGGAUUAGAAUAUCAAUGUCCAGGUCACAUUGGCUUUGAUCACAAGUUUUGUGACUAUCGUAUCUCUAGAUUUAUCAAGAGAACUUUGAAUUUCUGACACAGAAAUUAUGUAUAUAUUGGCUAGCAUAGGUUGAAAUAGAUGGGGAAAAGGGCCAAUUGGUAUAUUUAUAUUGGGGGAAAAUGCUGGAUCUCACCCUUUCCUACUGCCUUGCUAAAGUGGUACAUUCAAGGCAACUUGUCAUAUGUGUGGGUGCAAAUCAAUUGGCUUAUAUUAAAAACUCACUUUAAUACAAGCUGUUGCAGUGUAUAUGGUUGCGGGUGGGAGCAAACUGGAAUGUUUCAAGAUAGUUUUGUUGCAAAAUUUAAAGCUAAGUCUGCCUAUUCAAAGUUCCCACUAAAUAUAUAUGUAUAUUAGAAGAAUAGUUUGCCACUACACAUUUAUUCAGAUGCUGAUGGUUUCCGUUUGGCUUUCGACACUUAUUUUUUAUGUUUCUAUGCCUGGUAAAUUCUAGAAAAUAAAUGGGCACAUUAUUUUGCACAGUUCACUUAUGUACAGUAUUUUUAACACAGAAUCUUUCAAAUACGAUCAUGUGCAAAGCAGCCUUUGGAAAUUUAUUUCGCACUUAAAUGUCAUAUUGGCCAAGUUCCAAUACAUCCUUAGAAGAGGCUUGAAAAUAGCUCUCAUGCCAAACACCUUCGGAAUGGAAGUCUCUCAAUUGGAGAGGUUGGUCAGGGGAAGUGUCAAAUUUUACAGAAUACACCUGAGAGCUUGGGAGCACCUGAAAUAAAUGUUUGAAGGCCAGUCUUAUUUUAGAAGUCUUCCAGUGGGCUGGGGAAAAAACCUAAUCAUAGUCACUGGAAGAUUUUGAGUAAGACUGUUUUCUCACACUGCAGUAUGGUGGCAGUAGGCUUAUAACAAAGGCUUCUAUAUUAAGAGUUCCUAUUUCAAUGGCAUUAUUUGACCCCUCUAAUUUGGGCAGGGUUGUGAUCCCUAAAUGUUUUGGCCUAUAACUCCUAUCAGCCGUAGCCGGCAUAGCUGAUAGGGAGGAAUGAAAGCAGUUGUAGGCCAAAAUAUCCGGAGGACACGUUGCCCUCCCCUGCUCUUACUCAAAGAUAUUCUGGAUAUUUUUUGUUCAAAAUCAGAUACUGCAAUUUCCGGGUCAUGUCAUCUUUCAUAGCUGACAAGAGGAGAUGAUGGUAUUCAGCAAACUAUUAGUGAGCACAUAAGAUUACUGUGUUAACUAUUUUUAAAAGGAGCAUAAGACACUUAAAAUGCAGCUCAGAAUGCUACUUGAGAUGUACAAUUUUCAACGUGAUGGUUUUGUUUAGUUGCAGAGCAACUGUAUACAUUAUAUAACCUAAAUCAAUUCUUAUUUUUAGUGUCUGGAUGCAGUGAUUUAUAAUUGGAGCAUGAUUAAUUUUACUUUUGUUAAGCCAGUCACUUGACUGGAAAAAUAAACUACUUU